GAGCUCUCCACGCUGACUGGCACUCAAGUCCUGCUGCUGGUGGCCAGUGAGACGGGCCAUGUGUACACGUUUGCCACACGGAAGCUGCAGCCCAUGAUCACCAGUGAGACGGGGAAGGCGUUGAUCCAAACGUGCCUCAACUCCCCAGACUCGCCCCCACGCUCGGACCCAACCACUGACCAGCGCAUGAGCGCCACGGGCUUUGAGGAGACGGACCUCACCUACCAGGUGUCCGAGUCGGACAGCAGUGGGGAGACCAAGGACGCACUGAAACCAGCGUUCACUGUCACCAACCUGCCGGGGACAACGUCCACCAUCCAGACAGCCCCCACCACCUCGACCUCCAUGCAGGUCAGCAGCGGCCCGUCAUUCCCCAUCACUAAUUACCUGGCGCCAGUGUCUGCCAGCAUCAGCCCCAAUGCCGUCACCAGUGCCAACGGGACAGUGCUGAAGACUACUGGAACCAGUGCAGUGACAUCUGGGGGCCUCAUGCCGAUACCCACCAGCUUCACCCUCAUGUCAGGUGGUACCAUGGCUCAACAAGUCCCAGUCCAGGCGAUCCAGGUGCACCAGGCACCGCAGCAAACGUCUCCUUCUAGUGACAGCAGCACUGACCUUACCCAGACCUCUUCCAGCGGAACAGUGACCCUCCCGGCAACCAUCAUGACGUCGUCUGUGCCAACCACUGUGGGUGGCCACAUGAUGUACCCCAGCCCACAUGCGGUGAUGUACGCGCCCACAUCUGGCCUUGCGGACGGUGGACUUGCAGUCCUCAACGCUUUCUCACAGGCGCCUUCAGCGAUGCAGGUGUCCCAUGGCCAGGUCCAGGAUCAGGGUGGCGUUCCCCAAGUGUUCCUGACAGCCCCAUCAGGCACCGUUCAGAUCCCAGUCUCAGCUGUCCAGCUUCACCAGAUGGCUGUCAUCGGGCAGCAGAGCAGCAGUGGCAGCA